AUGAGGUCUGAAAAGGACCAAAUGACGGUGGGCAAGGAGAAAAACGUCGUCGAGAUAAAGUUUAGGGACCUCCCAAGAGAGCAAGACAACACUGGCUGUAACUCCAAGCAGAAAGAAGAGAAAAAAGAGGUUUUUACAAAGGUGGUGAUUCGAAGACUCCCACCUAACCUAUCAAAGGACCUGUUAGAAGAGCAGCUCAGUCCACUUCCUUCCUAUGACUAUUUUGAGUUCUUUCCAGCCGAUCAAAGUCUUUACCCCCACCUGUUCUCCAGAGCAUAUAUCAAUUUUAAAAACCCUGAAGAUAUCCUUUUGUUUCGGGACCGAUUUGAUGGCUAUGUCUUCAUUGACAACAAGGGUCAGGAGUACCCUGCAGUGGUAGAGUUUGCCCCGUUCCAGAAAAUCUCCAAGAAGAAGCUAAAAAAGAAAGAUGCCAAAGUUGGGAGCAUUGAAGAAGACCCAGAAUAUAAGCGGUUCUUGGAGAACUACUCCUGUGAUGAAGAAAAGUCUAUGGCCAACCCUGAGACUCUGUUGGGAGAAAUAGAGGCAAAAACCAGAGAGCUCAUAGCGAAACGGACCACACCGCUGUUGGAGUACAUCAAAAAUAAGAAAAUUGAGAAACAGAGAAUAAGGGAGGAGAAAAGAGAGGAGAGGAGAAGAAGAGAGCUUGAAAAGAAACGGCAACGAGAGGAGGAGAAGAGAAAGCGACGGGAGGAGGAGAGACGCAAACGGAAGGAGGCAGAGAAGCAGAAGAAAUUGUCUGAUAAAGACAUCAAAAUUAAGCUCCUAAAGAAGAGUGACAGGGACGAUGAUGUGGAUUCAGACCGAAUAAAGGACAAAAGUGAAGUUGGGGAGACAGACAGAGGGAAAUGGGAGAAACCUGGUGGACAAAUGAAGUCAAAGGACCCCAAGGAAAAUAGAGGUCAGCCUGAGAGUGACAAGGAACAGAGAGAACAGCACUGCCGCAGACAGAGAGAUAAAGACCACCGAGGGAAGGACGACGAGAGGAAACGUCAGCGGCACCACUAUGAGUUUGACAAGUUUAUGCGCCGCAAAGAUGAAACAAAAUGGGGAAAGGGUUACUGCCAGGAUCGAGCCAAGAAAGAGGGGCACCAUCACGGUUAUUCUUACUGCCCUGACAGUGGAGACAAACUGGGAAAAGAGGACAGGGAGGACCUGGGUAACAGGAAGGAACGCCUCCGAAACAAGGUGAGCGAGAAGGACCGUCCAGCCAUGCAGCUCUACCAGCCUGGCGCACGCAACCGCAAGCGCAUGAGCUCAGCAGGCAAAGGCUAUGACUGCAUCCCUGUGGGUCACUCACCUGAACCCGGGACUGAACGUUGCUUUGACGUUGUCACUAUGGCAACGGGGCUGGAUAAGGGGUUCGAGAAAAGCAAAGAUGAGCAGUGAGCAGUCCAGAUAUUCAUAGGCAAUACAAAUAAAUUAUUGAGCUUUUCAGCCUAAGUUGAUGGUGACAGGUUUGACCGAUUAUUAUUGAGCUUCUAAAAAUAAUGUACCCGCCUGAGGGAAAAGGUAACUCAGUAAUAUUUAUUAUCUUUUUUGUUUUAGUCAUUGUCAAAUGGGUGUAAUCAAAUUCAGAGCUUUGAAUAUUGGUGAAAUUUUUGUUUUGUUUUUGGACCAUGAACAUUUUUGUUACAUAAAUAUUUUAACCAUCUCACUGUUCAGCAUUCAAAGAGGUAUCCAACAGUACUAAUAGACCAAAUCCUAGUAUUGGGGCAAACUAAAGAAGUUAUUAGUAUGACAGCACAAUAAUUCACUCAAUUUGUCACAACUGUUUGGUAUAUUCCAUGUGCUACCUUGGUGCUGAUGCACACAUUGAGAUUUCUCAUUCUUUUUCUUUCUCAUUUUUUAAAUUGCUGCCCGAUAUCUAGUUUUUUAUUUUAGUUUUCAUCAAAUUUGAUCAAAGCAUCAUCAUUAGAGGCAGUCCUGUCAUUUCCUUUGUUCGUGUGUGUGUACUUGUAAGAGGCAGCUCACCUGUAGUGUCCAUCAUCAAUUUGCUAGUGAAACCAUGACCUCAUCCUCCACAAGAGAUCUUGUUUCUAAGCCUUUGUAGAGUCCACUGAAGUUGGAUGUUUUUAAAGAUGCUAUAGAUUUUAUCAAAAAGAAAUUUAUUGUAAGUAGAACUUACAGACAAUGGAUGUAGAGAAUGUAAGAGUGGAAAUCAUGUGUGUAUUUGUACCUGUGAAGGUGAGCAAAUGAGAGGAAGUUAUGAAUGAUUGAGAGGACAAUGUUUCAUGUUGUACCACUUUUUUCCUAAUUUUUAUGCAUCUUAUGACCUUUUGUCCAUAAUCUUAUUCUAAGAUGUCAUGCAAUACAGUCGGUAAUUUUUCAGUGAGGAACGCUUUGUGAGCCAGGAAGAACACAUUAUCUACAUUUCUAUGAAGCAUUUCCUAAAAAUAAAAUUAAGGAUUUCCCAGCCUGACACAGAAAACAAUUGAUUUUCUAAGAUGUUUGCAUGGUUUUCUAUUAAUUCUAUCAACUAAAUGUAAUGGGAAAAGCUGCAGAUAUUGCUAUAGUAAUACAGUCUGUUUAACAAGCCUUACUGUGUAUUGUUUUUGCACAUGACCUAACAUUUAUCAUACCUGUUAUUAUAUCAUUUUGGUUUCUGCCCUUACGCUGUGAGAAAAUAAUAAACAGUUAUGAGAGA